AUGGCCUAUAAUAACAUCACUCAAAAAGAGGCUACCGCUCUCAUGCAGGGUAUUGAUCCGGAUCCGGGCCCUGGUGUGGAUCAGGGUUGGACUCGUCCACCUCACGGGUGGAAUUGUCGUUCUCUAACGAGAAGGAUGCCUGAAUUAAUUCACUUACUGGACACUUAUAGCAUCGAUAUUGCUGCUCUAUGCGAAACAAGACUUGAUGACGUCUUUUUACCAUCAAUCUCUAAUUAUGACAUUUUUACGAACAACCGAAAUAGACACGGAGGAGGAGUGGCUAUCCUGAUUGGAAAGCAACUAAGAUUCUCAUAUAUUAGAGACACUCGUAUUGGAAAUAUAUGUUCAACUAACAACAUUGAACUGUUGAUGGGCAAAGUCUGGUUAGAGUCAAAUAAGCAUCUUUAUAUAUGUUCCUUGUAUAGUCCUCCCCGCGGAGGCUCACAUCCGUUUACAAACAAUCAAGCGUGGACAGAGAUUCUUCAGUUUUGCGAUUCUUUUGACCCUAUAAUUAUCUGUGGGGACUUUAAUGGGAAGAGUACCUUGUGGUCUAAUCUUAUUCCGGGUCCUGACACCGAAGGUAGAAAACUUGAAACUGCCAUUUCUAGUACAAACUUGAUCUGCAUCAACAAUGGUAAUCUAACCUGGACAUCCGCUGACUUGUCUUCUGCCUCCUCUUUGGACAUUACUCUGGUUUCACCAUCCGUAGCUACAAAGUGCUCUUGGCAGAUACUUGACUCUAAUUACGGUAGUGAUCACUACCCGAUCGUUACCAAGAUCAAUGAUACGACGUACACACCAGAGUUUGGCAGACCUUCAUAUAUUAUAUCCAAAAUUGAUUGGACUUCAUUUCAAGAGGAAUGUAACAUAUUUGUUCAUUCGUUCCAAAUCAAUAUGAACAAUCUCAACUCUACAUAUGAAGAACUAAUAUACAACAUUCAUAAGGCCCUGGAAAGAGCAGGUGCCAAACGCUCUCAAGCUAACAAACAUCGGAGAAAAGCUCCGGCUCCAUGUCAACGUGUUAUUGACGAGGAGGAAUUCCAUGCUGCUUUUAACAAACUGGCUCCCCAUACUCCGGUUCCGCCGCUUUCCACCAGCGAUCUCGGGGCACUCUCUGACCUUCCGUUUACAGCCAGUUGUGACGCUGCUUUCAUGCAAAAAAACUUCUCUAUAUAUGAAUUCAACGCUGCAGUCUCUUCAUUAAAAACCAAGUCAGCUCCGGGUCCGGAUCUAAUUUCAAACAAAAUCAUCAAGAAACUGCCGGAAAAUCUACACAAGUUGAUUCUCAAAAUUUUCAACUGUUUUUUUAAUAAAGGGUCAUAUCCAUCGCAAUGGAACAACUACUUCACGGUCUUUAUUCCAAAACCUGGUGGGAAAAAGGCAUUAAGACCUAUAUCUCUCGCAAAUAAUCUACAUAAAAUCUUUGAAAAAUUAAUCCUAAAACGCCUUGAGUGGUGGGCCGAAAACAACAAGGUACUAUCACAACAUCAAUUCGGAUUUCGUAGAGGUCUCUCCUGCAUGGAUAAUGUGGCUACUCUCAUUACUGAUAUCCAUUUGGCUAACAGACACCGUAAAUUCACCGGAGUCGUCUUUUUGGACCUGGUCGGCGCUUUUGACAACGUAUUACCAGAAGCCCUUUUAAUUCUACUUGAGAAAUUUGGCCUUCCUCAGAAGAUCAUAAGUUUUAUCAGGAAAACCACCACCAACCGAAACCUUACAGGAUACGCAGCUGGUAUCCCUCUUCAGACUAGAAGUACCGACCGAGGAUUGCCACAGGGUUCCAUUCUCAGUCCUACUCUGUUCAAUAUAUACGUGCAAUUGCUCUCGGCAGCUGAUGGAAAAUGCAAAGCACAAUUUACUGUGGCCGAAGAACAUUUAAAUUCUAUUGGCUCUAUGCAUGGUGGUUUUACUAGUAGCAUCAUAGAUAUUGUAUCAUCGUAUGCUCUUACGACUUAUAAUAAUAAACCUCUUGCAGUUUCCGUAGAUCUGCACGUGAC